ACCUCACAAUAUGGCAUCCGCGUCGAGCAGCAGUGCAAAAAAUCUGUUCAGUGAUUCGAAGCGCCGAUUAGCAGAACGUGUAGCCGUAAACGUGAACAAUGCCUCAUCGGUAGCACGCCAAAUCGUGCGUGGUUCUAAAUCGAACGAAAUUCUAAUGCAAUCGGCUAAGAAUUUUGCCUACCACGAAAGUACGGUCGACAACAGCAUACAGAAUCUGAAGAAGAUGGAAAUCAUUUUCCAGCAUCUUAAUUACCAAUACGAAGCAAUCGAACAGGCGGCGGAAAAGUUGGAAUACGUUGAAGAGCAAGUGAAAGCCAUGGAAAGGUGAUAAAGUGUUAGUUAG